AUAGCACUGUCAUCCUGCAGAAUAAGGUGAUGUGGUUCCUGCUUGACAUGAAAGCCUUUUGGAAAUACUGUACCACCAUCAGGCCACUUCGAAGGCCCUCUCCGAACAUUAUGAGGCUCUUCCUCAAAGAAAAAAAAGUGCUUAAAUGUUUAUUUCCCUGAUACGUGCGACCUGGGCCUGCUGGAUUCGUCCCAGGGGGUCUGUCAUGUGACCAUGUGGCUGAGAUAUGGAUGAUGUGACCAGUGGAGACGGACAGGCCAUUACAACAUGAAAUACAAGGGGACAGAAAUAGCACUACAUUAUAAGUGCACUUGGGCCCUGUGUGAAAAAUGCUCACUAGUUAAAGCAAGGUCAACAAUAUGAUUCGAAGUUCAUGUUCAUAAAUAUUCUGCCAGUGAACCAUUCUUAUGCACACCAUGAAACUUGGAAACAGCUCAUAUUUAUUUCUGCACCUUUCGGAAUGAGGCAGAACACGGUAGUGCCAAGGUGUCACUUUGAGUUCUGUCUUGAAUUUGCACCUCCUGGGUGACGAAAUUCUCAUAGUCGCCUAUAAAAAAGUUUCGCAGUUUAUUCAGGCUCAGCUGAAAACAUAAAAAGAAGAAAUAAAUCAGAUCAAAACGCACCAUCACCCCACUUCUGUUUUGGUCUGAAAACGCUUACAACUGGCAUGUUCGACAGUGAGCAUGAAUUAUUAUUAGCCAUUCCAUCAUAAUAAAUGAUGGUAUUCAGAUGACAUUAAUUAGCAUAGUUGAAGUCCUCUGCUAAAAUGAGUGGGUGACACUUGGGUGGGUGAUGCAAUGGGUUAUUUUUAAGCGUGGGCACCUGUUCUCCAAAACACAAAUGAGUCAUGGGCUCAAAUGCAGGACCCAGCAGACCACCAUCGGCAGCCUGUCAGAGGCAAAGGAUGUUUCCUUUGGUCGCCUGUGCGCUUCUGGAUUGUCCUUAUAGUCUGUGUCGGUGCUAAGAAGGUAACAUGGCCAUUCUGCCCGGGUUGGUUAAAAAUAUCCCAUGAGUAUCAUCUUAGUUUCAUCCACCGUUCGCUGGGUACUAAGCGUGAGGCAUCGGCGUGCUCUGUGUCUCCGCAUCUCCGUGUCUACCAUUCCUCCAACAUUUCCCUGCCUUUUUUCUCAUCAAGCUGGAAAGGUCUGACCGCUUCUCUUCACCUUUCGUUUCCACAUUAUCGGCUGUUGUCCCAAUUUUAACUAACAGAACAAAUCCAACUUUCAAAUGUCCUCUCAGCUCUUCUCUUGCUUGGUUGACAGAGACAGGAGCUCAUUGCUGACUAAUUCCUUGAAAAGGGUUCCUACACAGAAUGGAAUACGCCAUAAAAAGGAAAGAAAUGAGAUCAUGUCACCUUUUGGAAGGUGAUUUAGCUGAAGUCAAGACAGCAUAGAGGAAUGCAUCGUGGAGACAGACUGGAACAGCUGGUCCCACGCAAGGGAAAAGUGCUCAAAAUGAGCUGCCUUAACAAGCGUCAUGGGGUCAACAGAGGGAAUAAGCGUGGGUCCUACAAAUACACAGAGGGCUUCAAGGACACGUCUAGCGUUGGUAGUCUCAUGGAUGAGACGGACCGAGAAGUCAGCAGCCUCACCGACCGUGCCUUCAAGAGUCUGUGCAUUGACGAGGAGCCCAUCUACAGCGACUCUGAGGUCAUCUCCUCCCCCAGUGGACGCAAGCAAGCUUUCACAGAGGAUACCCAGAGCAAGGAGGUGGGUGGAGUAACGUUCAGUCAUUCAUUUGUGAACACUGCCAAGCAGGAGCACAUCAGCUGGAAUGACCAUGUCCAUCAUCUGAACAAUGGUGCUAUUGAAUCUGGCUGGUUGCAGAACAGGGGCAAGUCCAAAGUUUCCUCUCUGGUUAAAGCUUUCACUACAAUGAGGAAUGACAUCAAAGGAGGUCUUAUUGCAGAUCGUGACAUGAGUGAAAGUGUCACUGGUCGUAAACAAACUGAUGCAAACUUUGACUCAUGGGACAAGACUGCCCUCUUAAGCAUCCAAAGAGAGUUGUCUGAAUUCUCCACAGUACCAGAUCCUCAGAACUUCAAAAUGGGAAAUUCAUCAACUAAAGGGAGAUCUGGUACCUCUAAAGCCCAGAAAACAAACAAAGAUUUGACAUUUCCUUCUUCAAAAUCCUCAAAAAAUAAAAGUCGCAAGCCCAGCAAGCAUAAGAAGCUGAACUCCAAUAACUUCUUCCUCCACAGUGAAUUCAGCCCAUUCCAGGCAUGGAGGGAAUGUUGCAGAUUCCCGUUUGAACAACAGAACAUGUCUAACCUGUCAUCAGCAAACGACUUCCCAGAAUGGUACGACUCUCCUCUCUACAAGGAGUUAACUGCAGCAACCAGAUUGACCCAGACUGGGGACAGCAAGAAACACAGAAAAUCCACUGACAACGUUUCCCUUCCUGCACUAACUUUUCCUAAAAAUCUACACAAAGCCUUAGAUGCAGAAAAGCCAUGCUCUUCUCCAGAAGAGCAACAGAAAAUUGUUGAACUUGAAAAGCAGGUUCUUUCUUCGAAAGAGCUAAACAAAACUUUAAUAAGUGAAAAUAGCUGCACUUCUCCAAAAGACCCACCUAAUGCUAUAGGGCUUGUAGAGCAAAACCUUUCCCCUAAUGACCUGGACAUAGCUUUGACUGUUGAGAAGGGAAGUGGAUCAGAAGCGGGAGCACCCUGUCCCCCGUGGAGAAGGAACAGAAGCCAUGUGAGAAAAGCUCCCAUCACCACUCAUUCAAGCACAGUCCCCCCCAGCCAUCCGCAGUCAAGGACCGGUGAAGAGGCAUUGGCCACCACAAGUCAGGACCCUACAACAGCAGAUGAGUCGACAUCAGGGAACAUUACUCCGUUCAGCAUCUCUCAGCUACUGACACCCAUCAUCUAUGUGGGACAGAAAGUGGAAAGUUCUGGAAAACCAAAAGAGAUGCUUUCUCCAUCUGAACUCAUGCUCCCAGAACUGCCUGAGUCAGAGAUUAGACCCACCCCUGAGGUCAAACUCACUGACAGCUAUAAAGCUAUUGCCUCCAGUUUGCUUUUUAACAUCAAAGACAACCGGAAACGGGUGAAAAGUACGUACAGCCCUCAAAAAUUUAAAGGCCUGAAUCCAAAAGAUCCCCGUAGACUGCUGCCUGUGCAGGAAACCACCGGUCCCAAAAACGUUCUGGCUAUUUCAGAGGCUUCAAUUGCUGUGGUCAGCGCAGCUGCACAUCCAAAAGCAGGACACGUCAAAUCUGUUAGCAGUCAUGCUCUGGAACCAAAGAGUGAGCGCACUGGUGAUCGUAAAAAACUCGCUGACACCCGUAUAUCAGAUGACUAUUUGACAUUAACCUCACCCCGAAGUGUAAAAGAAGCUGCCGGUUGCAGAAGCUUCCCUGGUGGGAUGCAGGAAGAUGCAGGCCGAGCACAUCUUGCUGAGGUUCUGAAUGCCAGAUCACUUCCAACAUCAAACGAGCCAUCCAAACUAAGGGUGGGUUACUUGGCAUUUGACCCACCCCGAACAGCCAGGCAAUCAGGGAAACAAACUGAAAAUGUCCCUCUAAAAUUCAUUGCCCCUCAACACUUUGCUGUUGCAAAACACAAAAAAGCACAUGUAGGAAGAAAGGGACCCCUUAUGAAUGGAAUAAUCUCUGUCAAAGGACCAGAACAUUCUGGUGAAGAAGUGAGACAAUCAAAACAGGGCUUGCAUGUAAACAGACAUGGAAUGAUUAUCAACAGAGGGGUACAUGCUAUGAGAGAUGAGGACAACAUUAAAACAGCGGGAGACCGAGAGGUCAUUUCAUCAGAACCCAAAGACAUUUGCUUGCUUUCAUUAGCAGAACAAGAAGAAGACAAUGGAUUUGUGAGAACCGGAGACCAGGAACCAAAAAGUAAAGUAGAAGCUAGUGAAGACAUGGAGAAAGUAAAAAAAGAAUUAAAUAAUGGCAAAGAGACUAGAAAGGAAGUCGGAGCUGAACACGUAUUUUCAGCAAGGCAAAAUCAGUAUAUUAAGAAUGAAAGGUAUGCAAUGCAGGAUGAUGAGGUUGAAGAGGCAAGUACCCCAGAGCCUACAGCUAAAGGAGAAAAUAUUAAAAUUACAACAUCAGUUCAGGAGUACCAAAAAGCCAAAAGGGGUGUGGUCUCACAGAGGGUGAACAAACAAGCUGCGUGUGAUGAACUGGCCCAUUUGGAUGUGCAACAUGAAGCGGAAGGGGAUGUACCUAGAAAAACAGAAGAAAGACUUCCUAGAAGCGAUGUAGCCUCAGCAAACGGACAGAGGUAUACUGGAAAGCAUGGACCAUUAUCGAACGGGUGCAUGCUUGACAGAGGUGGAGAGCUGGAGAAUGAGGAAGUUAAACAUGCUAAACUUGGCACAUUUUCAGCUAAAGAGGCUAGCCAUUUACUUGGAAUAGAAAGAGAAGUAUUUGCAACAAAAGGAUAUGGCACUAAUGAGCAGAAAUGUACGCAGAAUGAACAAAGCAGAAUUCAUGAUGCAGACCUGACUGAACAAGUUCUUGUUCGAACACCAAAAGACAAAUGUGGUGAAAGUGAUGAUGCUAGAAUAAAUGGUCUUAUCAAACAAAAUGUACUUGCAUCAACGGAAAGAAAUCAUGUCAAUCAGGCAGCACUUGAAACCACAAUAAGACCUGCUGGUAAGGUUCAGGACAAAGGUGGUGUCAAUCCUAUAAAUGGAAAAUAUCUUACUGGAAAGGAUAAGUGUGCUGUUGAAGGCAAAGAGCAUGAGAAAAAAAGCAAUAAUGUUGACAGGGUAAUGAUGGCGAGAGGAAGCGUUAAGCAGAAAGUGCUAUCAUAUAUGAAAGAGAAUAUCCAUGAUAAAUGCCAGAAGCUUGCUCCAAAGGGGAAAGAACUGUCGAGAAACUCUAUACCCUCUACAGGUAUAUUAGAAGCAGUCAGACAUGAAAAAUUUCCAACAAAACAGAAAGAGCUCCUAAGAGAUGAAUAUCUAGGGAAAAUUCCACAAGACGGCAGUCUGACAGUUAGAGAGAGUGAACUGGAUGAAUGUGAUCUGGUGACUAUGAAAGAAAAAGUAGGUAGUACUUGGAAAGAAAACGCAUCCAAAGGAAAUGCAGAAUGGGAGAAAUUAGCUGUUCAAGAGAGAGAUGGGGUCAGUAUUAAAAAAUAUGUAGCCGAAGAGAAAGUUCACACCACAACUGAGGUUUCUGCAGCUGAUGGACGUGCUGCUGCUGCUGUUCCUGCUGCUGCUGAUGAUGAUGAUUAUCAUCACCAUGAUCAUGUAGUGAAGGAGACAGACAAGAAGGUACAAGAGAAUGAUGAGCAAAUACAGGAGGGAAAUGACCAUAAGGGCCAAAAUAGGCUUUCAGGUGUCACAUUGCCUCUGCAGAUAGACAAUACAGUUGAUGAGCACACAACUAAAGUCAUGGGGCCUUCCAUACCUCAAGAGAAUUCACAUCAGUGUGAGAAUUUUCAAUUACCAGGGCAAAAUUUACUUCCUAAAGAGACUAAGAAUGCCUCGGGUAAAGACAGGAAAGAACUGGAAAAGAUGGAGUUGCAGUGUUACUCUAACAUUAACCAAGAAAGUGAGCGGGAGGAUAAAGACAGGCUGGUGACUUCACCGCAAACAGAUGGGAGUGCUUCCUGGACUGAAGGAAGUGAGCGGUCUCCUAGUGAGAUGGAUGAAGGUGGCUGGGUGCGUUGCUUGAUUGACUGCGCAAAAGUCCAGUCGCAGUCCCUGCAAUCCAGCACUCCCUUGUCCCCAGUGGGGAAGCUCACCUUAUUUAAAGUGAAAGACAACACUUUCCGAAAUUCUCCCAUCACAAAGACUGUGAAGCUAACGUUUCAUCAUUCGUUUCCAGAGGACUUUAGCCUGGGAUCUCCGAGGGAGAGUCUGAGCGGGUCCGAGAGAGGUGAGGACGAGCGAGGUCUCACCAAAGGCACCACAGGAGCUUCUGUUCCUCGCAGCACCAGCCCAGAUACACGGUCUAAUGGAAUGUACACACCUGGUACAUUGAGGGGACGUCGAAGGAGCCACAUCCAGCACACUUCCAUUCCGGAGGAAGACGAAAGCCGUUCAUUUGCAAGCGGUCAGUUGGAGGACAUGGAGAGUUGUGCCUUGAGUGGGUCAGGCACAGAAGAGGCGGCCAUUAGUGCUGCACCAGCAGAGGACACUGCAUUUUCCAAAGAACCCAGUGAGCGGUCAGGAUCAGCCUGUAGCGCCAAUGACUCCCAGUCGCUGAUCAAACCGCCAGCAGUUCCGCCCAAGACAGAGAAAGCACUACGGCGUGCUCAGAAGCUCACCAGCAGAAGAAUGAGGAAGGAAGAAGCCCAAAGCAAAGCACAGGAAAGUAGCCGGUCUGAUCUUAAUCCCAGCCAUGCGGCUCAGAACACAGCGUCACCACCCAGCAAAUCCCUGGUUGCCCAACAAACUGCACCGGCUCCAGAGCCGGCACCCAUUCCCAGUGCAGAGCCCCAGAUUAUUCCACCUCCUGCUGCGGACAUCAGCGUGCCAUCGUAUGCGAUAACUCAAAGGAAACUCUUGCAAGACCCAGAUUCAGGUCAGUACUUUGUGGUCGACAUGCCUGUCCAAGUGAAAACAAAGACUUUCUUUGACCCGGAACUGGGGACUUACGUACAGCUUCCCGUGCAAUCGCCUAAGGAGGCCUCGUCGACCGUAGCAGAGGCGGCAGCAGCUCCUUACAUGCUCUGUCACGGAUUCGUGCCCAUACCGGUCUCGUCAUUGCCGCAGCAGGGGCCAACCGCCAAGGCUCUGGGACCGGUGCUUUUCCCAGACACUCUUGAAAAGCAGGAAGAUAGCGGCACCUUGAGGCAGGACCCCAGUAAGUGGGUAGACUGCAAAGAUGCUGAGAAUGAUAUUGAUCUGAACAUAACACAUGUCCCUGCAUCUGAGAAGUGCUCAUACAGUGAAGAAAAGGACAGCAUCGGCUCUGAGUACAUGGACGUUGUGUCACUGGGUGAGCCGGAUAACUGUUCAGUAGAAAGCAGCUGAAUUCAACCAAUUGUUUUAGAAAUGCACUGUUUUUUACAAUAUUUUGCAGGCAUAGUGAAACACACUGAAAUGGAUAUGAUAGCGUUUAUGAUAGGUUUAUAUAUAUAUAUAUUCACAUAAGUGGAGAGAGUAUUGCUAUCAUUAAAUCUUGUUUAUAAAUGGAGAUGUUAUAACACAGACUGCUAUUAAAGUUGAAACUUCAGUGUUUUGUUAAGGAGAUAAAAAAAUGCAUUUUCCUUUAGUGUAUGUAAAGCUUGUUACAAUUAAGGGUGUUUAACUUUUUUAACAGAAUUAUGUUUUUAAUUAACACCUACAUAAAGCAGGGCUAUUUAUUUAAAUGUUUUGUGCUAAAUUAAUUGUGUAAACCAUUCCAAUAAAAAACAAAUU